AUGUCAGGUGCUUCGGAUGAAUUAAAUGAAUUAAUUGAAGAAGAAAUUAAUAAAGUUAAUAAUGAAGGAAAAGAAGUUAAAAAAUAUGAAUAUAAUUUAUUUAGCAAUUUUUCAGUAAUCAGCAGAAGUCCUUUUGGAGAUGUUCUAACAGCAACGUGGGAAAACUUUACAGUUGUUCUUAAAAGCAUAACCAUUAAUACUAGUCAAAUUGAUAGCGGAAUUAUUAAUGAAAUAAAGAAUGCUGUUAAUGACAUACUUGAAGAAUUAAAAAUUAUGCGGCAUUCUUUAACUGACAACCAAACUGAUUCCAAUGAAAAAUGGAUUGAAAGUGAAAUCAUUGAAGGGAGAAUUAAUGAGUAUAAGAUUAAUGAAUUUGAAGAUUAUAAACGGUACGAAAACACAUGUGCAAUGAAAAUUAUCGACCAUAAUAAUAAAGAAAUUAAAAAUGAGAUUGAACGUCUGCUUUCUGUGGAAUCUCAUGAGAACAUUAUUAAAUUUUAUGGUAUUGUAUAUAAAAUUGAUGAAAUGGAUCCAAAUCAUACCAAUAAUAUACUUAUACACCGAGAAACUUUAAAAUUGGCCAAUUUUGGAUUAUCAAGACGUGUCAUUGAAGCUUCAAAUUCUCAAACCACAAGCGAAGUUUUCGGUGUUAUACCUUAUAUUGAUCCUCAAUAUCCAGCAAGUCUACCAGCUAGGAUUAGAAACGGGCUACGGGAAAAGCCAAUUGCCGAUACACCUCAUGACUAUGUUACUAUUUAUACAAGAUGUUGGAAGAGUAUGCAAGAUGAUCGACCAUCCAUCGAAGAAGUAGCUAUGGCGUUCGAAGACUUUGUUGUUCAAAACAUCACGGAGGAUGAUAGUUUUGUUAUACAUGAUAUAUCAACAUUUGAAGAAUUUAUUAAAAACUCCUUUGAAUACAUUAAAAUCAAUAUUAAGUUAAAUGCCGCUGCAGUUGGUCAGGAUGAAAUGUCUCUCUUUGUAAAUAAUCUAUAUUCGAUUUUUAGUAAGCUAUUUAAUGAAGGUAAAUCAGUUAACGAUAUAAUUACCAAGUUUAUAUCUCAAAAUAAUAAAACCAAUGAAGAAGUUUUUCAAUGGUUAUUGGCAAAUAACAAUCAUUCAAAGUAUACUUGCCUACUUGGAUUAUUUUAUCGUUGGAAUAUUGGCACGGCUGAAAAUAAUAAUAUAUCGACUCUUAUCGAUGCGGCAAAUAAAGGAGAUGCUAUUGCACAAUAUUUUGUUGGAAGGUGUUAUUCAGAAGGUUGGAACACUGAUAAGGAUAAGAAGAAGGCAAUUGAAUGGUACACUAAGGCAGCCGACAAUGAAUGUGCAGUAGCGGAACAUAUUCUUGGAGAAUAUUAUUAUAAACUUGGAAAAUAUACAAAAGCAUUUGAUUUUCUCAAAAGAGCAGUUGAAAAUGGAAAUUUUAAAGCAUUGAAUACCUUAGGGUUAUGUUAUCAAAGAGGUCAAGGAACAGAUACUAAUGUGGUUGAAGGAUUUAAAUCAUUUGGAAAGGCGGCAAUAUGGGGACUACCUAUUUCACAAUAUGAACUUGGAAAUUGUUAUGAAUAUGGAAUAGGAACAGAAAUAAAUUUGGAUCAAGCAUUAUAUUGGUAUCAAAAGGCUGCAGGAGCAAAUCCCAAUUAUCAAAUUCAUCUGAAACGUGCCAACUAUAAAAAAAACAGUAAUAAUUACUAUAACUAG